UGUGGCCGUUUGGGAUUGUUGUGAUGGGAGGACGGAGCCAUCUUGUUUUUUUCCGUUCUGGAAUACAUUGUUGGACAGGCCGAAUGAAAAACAGGGCUUAAUAAUGAGGAUGUAGCUCGUUAUCUACCAUAUAUUUUCAUAUUUUUGAAUGGCUAGGAACUACCUUUGGCGCUGAUAGGUUCGAAGCAAACGUUGGAUCUCGGUUUAUUUUAUUUCUGAGUAGAGGAGUUACUAUGAAUGGAGGAUAAAUGUUGCCAAAGGCUGACAGCAGCAGUUACGUCCUUCUCUCUUUGCUCUUCGUCCUCACUUUAACAGACCCACCACGAACAGGUCCACGGCUAGCUCUGGCAAGAUUAUUGUCAGAGCUGCGCUGCAGCCCUGGGCAGUUUGCCUGCCUCAGUGGGAAGAUGCAAUGCAUCCCCUUGUCCUGGCAGUGUGACGGCUGGACUGCUUGUGAGGACAAGAGCGAUGAGUUGGACUGCCCCCCCAUGAAGGAUGAGACGUUUCACUUUGCCAAUGAGUUUGACCAAGUGGAAGAUGUCAUCGGUGUGGCCCAGCCUAUGCGCUUUAACAAGAAGUGCCCAAGUGGGUGGCAUCACUACGAGAAGACAGCCAGCUGCUACAAAGUAUACCUGAGGAACGAGAACUACUGGCAAGCUGUGGACACAUGCCAGAAAGUCAAUGGCUCGUUGGCGACUUUUGUUACCAACGAGGAACUGCAGUUCAUCCUCAAGAUCGAGGUGGAUUUCGACGAGAAAGUGUGCGAGCGCAGAGACCAGUGCAAGUUCUGGGUGGGUUACCAGUAUGUCAUAACCAAUCGGAACCAUUCACUGGAGGGCCGUUGGGAGGUGGCUUAUAAAGGGUCGAUGCAGGUGUUCCUCCCCCCGGAGGGCCUGACUAAAUUUGGAGAGGCAUCUCCCACUCAGGACAACGUAUUCUGUGCCCAGCUGCAGCGCUUCCAGAUCAAGAGCAUGAACGAGCGCGGCCUUCACAGCUGGCAUGCCGAGAACUGCUACAAGAAGUUCCCUUUCCUGUGCAAGAGGAGGCAGACAUGUGUGGACAUAAAGGACCAGGUGGUGACUGAGGGGUACUACUUCACGCCUAAGGGGGAAGACCCGUGCCUGAGCUGCACAUGUCACGACGGCGAGCCAGAGAUGUGUGUGGCUGCACUGUGUAAUCGGCCGGAGGGCUGCAAGCACUUCGGCAAGGACCCCAAGGAGUGCUGCAAGUUCACCUGCCUGGACCCAGAAGGCAGCAACCUGUUUGACUCCAUGGCCAGUGGGAUGCGUCUGAUCGUCAGCUGUGUCUCUUCCUUCCUCAUCCUCUCUCUGCUGCUGUUCAUGGUGCACAGGCUCCGGCAGCGACGACGCGAGCGCAUCGAAACACUCAUUGGAGGAAACCUGCAUCAUUUCAACCUUGGGCGACGAGUCCCAGGCUUUGACUAUGGCCCAGAUGCUUUUGGCACUGGUCUCACUCCCCUGCACCUCUCUGAUGAUGGAGAGGGAGGUGCAUUUCAUUUCCAGGAACCUCCCCCACCCUACGCUGCCUACAAAUACCCAGACAUCCAGCACCCAGACGACCCCCCUCCUCCCUACGAAGCCUCCUUCAACCCCGACAGCUUUCUCUAUAUGGACCUGGCACGCCAUGGAGUUCAGAUGAUCCCAAGUCAGAUGAGGGAUGUGGUAGAUGCCAUGACAGAUGCCCCAGCCCCACCUGUCCCCGAGCCAGACUCUGUGCCAUUGUCCUCCCAGGAGCGGGAGGACUCCAUCGACAGCAGUACCCUCCUGGUUGAGCCUGACACCCCCACUGACGGCCACGCCCCUGACUCCAUGCCUGCAGACUGCAGCAGCAGCUCAUCCCUCAGCACCAUGGUAUAGGACUGAGAUGAGGGGGAGGGGAACUGCUACGUCUGGACCCACAGAUUGAGAGAGGUGGACAGUGUCAGACGAGUCCAUCAUAUGGAGGGUGGACUGGAGCGGACUGGUCCAUUAGUUAGAGGAGAGGGUGAGAAGAGACUGGAAUGGCAAUAGAUAGAGGGUAGAGACUAUCAGGAUGGAUUGAGGGACCAGUCUACUCCUUGAGGUGUGCAGCGGUGAGGAGAAUCGGACUGGUGUGUUUCUUAAACAGGUGAACUGAAAUCGGUCGGGUGUCUGUCAGUUGAACUUGGAGAAAAUGGUGUGAAGCAGACCACUUUACUACAGGUGAACACAGACCGGUGAAGAAGGAUCUUGACGACUGAUUAUUCUGUACAGAGAACUAACAGCACUACACCGGGCCGAGGAGGUUGAGUUUCCACUUCUACUUUUCAUUGGACAAAGCUUUUCAAUUGUAUUGUUUGAGCUUGAUGCUCCAGAUUGCCCCUGAUGUAAGUACUCCCUCAGGCAUUACAGCAGGUAAUAAUGGAGGGGGUAGAUGGCUUCCGUCCUUUUGCUUAUAUCCUGGAGGCAGAGCUUGGAUUGUCAUUUGUUGGACUUAGAGAGCAUCACACACAACUCGAAGCAUCGAAUGCUUCUGCUCUCCCUCCCUACUAGAUAUCCAAGUCUCCUCCAUGAAUGAAAUGCAUUAUUUUUCCAUCACAAGCACCGCCUCCGAACUGGGAUUUCUGCGCUCUCCAAUCAAUCUGAUAUGCUAAGACGUCUUCCAGAUUGAUGGCACACAUUUGAAUAGGAAAAUGAAAGGUUCUGCUACAAAAGGUUUUUUUAACCUUGCAAAAAUCUUUAGGUACGGUUAGUGUUAGCUCCAACUAACACACUGCUAUUACUUUGUUUUCCGAGGUAAAUGCUACAACUUUUCAAAUAGUCUUGCUACAGUAUUGAAUUUCAUUUUAUGAGUUCUAAUUGAAGUAGGUUGAGUAUUGUGCCCUUUUCUUGGGUAAGAAGUAGGCUGUGACUUGUUUGUUGUGGGAUCUGAACAUUGAUGAUGGGUCCCCCCACCUUAGUCAAUGAGUUCACCUCAUGAAAGAGAAUGUCAAUGAAUGGUGAAUGACGGUUUGCUUUUCAGUUGUAGCUCCUAGCGAUGUGUAAGGGUAACUUACCAUUUUAUACCCCCUCGUGAAAUUUGUAAAAGUAAACUUCUUACACUAAAAAAGUGUUCUCAUGAAAUGAUAUUAACAAUUAAUACUAAAUGAAUUCUGUCUUCAACUGUCUCUACGUAUGUGUGAGGGUUUAUGUACACAUUCAUCAAUUCUCAUUUUUGAAAGCCAUUGGAUCUGCUGUAUUUCUUUUCUUACCAAUGUACAUUGUCAUGUCAGUGUAUUUAAGAUUCACACUAUAACAUGACAUUGGGGAUUUACCUGUUUAGGUUUUAGUAGUAGCCUAUAUGGGAUUGAGUGGUCAACCCCCUUUCUUCUGUUUCAUGAUGACGGACAGGAAAGUCUAACGCAGUAGUGAAAAAGCUACUAGGAAAACCACAAUUUGUCCCCAUUAUGACAAUCAUUCUAUACACUCCUGAUGUGUAUAUACUGUAGACCUGUGUGAGCCAUGUUGCUUGUUCACCUGUGGCAUUGAAUGGUCAUCGGAGUAGGAAGGCUACAAUGCCAGGCCUAUGAAAGCACAAAGGCCCCUAUGAUGAUUUUGGAGUCAGUUUAGUUCAAGCCCUUACCAGCCAGGAUCUGCAUAGCAUGGUCAUCUAUAUGGCUUUAGUCUAUCACCAGCAGCAAUGAAAUGGUUGAAGAUAUAUCUUGAGAAUUGCAGCUUUGUGUUUUAUGUAUGGUUGUAUGUAGCAUUUCCUUUUUUCUCUCUUUGGUAGGUCUCAAGUUGUUUUGUAUUACUUUUAUUCUAUUUUUUAGCAUAGACAAUCCUUCUGUGGAUUAUCCAAGGAAAUCAUGUCUUGAAUUGUUAAAAAAAUAAACUUUGGUGUGUGCAUGCAUGUUUGGGGGUCAGAUCUCAAUAUUUGGUUUGAGUGUGUUUUCAGCUUGUUUUAGGGCCUAUAGUGCAUGUUUUAGUCUUUAGGCAUGCUGAGAUUUCCAACAGAUUUUAUCAUUUAAACAAAGUUCUGCUCAUCUUUGCCCAGGCUUAGCUCAGAGGCUUGCCUACAGGUUGAUAUAGAUGAAUGCAUUGGAACCCCUGCUCCAACCCCAACUGCUGUAUUUAAACUGUAGUUGAUUUUGUUAUCGACAUGUUCAAUGAGUUAGAACAUGUAAAAUGCAACCGUUGAUACAUUUAAUUGUAUUCUCUUUAAUUUCAUAGCUUUUAAAUUGUAAAAUUUUUGUUGCUUAUUUUGCAGGGUGCUUUUAUGUAUUUUUCUGAGGUAGAUGUACAUCUAACCAAAUGCCAAAUAAAUUGUAUCAUGAAGGA